AGAGCCGGGAGGGGAAAAGACAUUGCACCAGGACAGAAACCUCCCGGGUGGGAGGAGGAACGUGAGAGAGAACCCAUUUCACAACCCCGAGGAGCAGGAACGGGAGCUGCUGCCGCGGCCCCGCUGCCACGUUUCCACCUCAGAGCAUCGGAGACGCGGAUGAGGGCGCCGGGAGCUCGGCACACGCGGUUCCCGAGGGGAUGCGCCAGGAGUGUCUUUGGAGCUCCACGUGCAGGAGAGGCGCGGGCGACCAUGACAGCGUAGGCAGGCGGCGAGACAUGGAUCGCUUCACGGAGUGCGGGACGCAGACGGACGCGGUGGUGGUGCUGUCCCUGGCGCAGGCCGCGGUCCUGGGCUUGGUGUCGGAGAAUGAGCUGCUCGGCGCCACUGUCAGCCCCGCCGGCUUCUUCCCGGCACUGGGCGAGGAGCUGCCGGACGCGGCGGAGCCGGAGGGCGAGGGCCCGGCAGCCGGGGACGGGCAGGAGGAGGAUGCCCUGGAGGCAGAGUCCCCCCUGGAGAAGCACACGCGGCGGAGGAAGCGGCCCCCCGUGAGGCUGGUGCCCAAGGUCAAGAGCGAGAAGGCGGAGGCAGAGGACGAGACACCGUGUGAGGUGCCGGUGCCCGUGGAGGAGGAGGGCGAGCGGCAGCGCGGGCGCCGGGCCCCGCAGCAGGACCCUGGCCCAGAGUGCGCGGUGCAGAGCAGCGCCGUGAAGAUGAUCGACCUGGGAGCCUUCGGCAGGAAGCCGCGGCGCCUGCGGCACCUGCGCCAGCACACACACCUCGAGCUGGAGGGCUCCAAGCGCCGCCUCGGCGGUGCCGGCGCGGCCGACGGCAGCCCCGCGGGGGCCCUGCAGACCGAAUGCGCGCUCGAGGCGGGCGCUGCGUCCCCCGGCGAGGCCGAGGCACCCGCGUCCCCUGAGCCCGUGAAGAACGAGCCGGGCUGCGGGUGGCAGGAGCCGGGCGAGCUGGAGCCGGCCGGAGCCACCAGUGAGCGCAACAAGAAGGCGCAGCUGGACCGGCUGGACAUCAACGUGCAGAUCGACGACUCCUACCUGGUGGAGGCGGGUGACCGGCAGAAGCGCUGGCAGUGCCGCAUGUGCGAGAAGUCCUACACCUCCAAGUACAACCUGGUGACGCACAUCCUGGGCCACAACGGCAUCAAGCCGCACUCCUGCCCGCACUGCAGCAAGCUGUUCAAGCAGCCCAGCCACCUGCAGACCCACCUCCUGACCCACCAGGGCACGCGGCCCCACAAGUGCGGGGUGUGCAGCAAGGCCUUCACCCAGACCAGCCACCUCAAGCGGCACAUGCUGCUGCACACCGACAUCAAGCCCUACAGCUGCCGCUUCUGCGGCCGCGGCUUCGCCUACCCCAGCGAGCUGAAGGCGCAUGAGGUGAAGCACGAGAGCGGGCGCUGCCACGUCUGCGUGGAGUGCGGGCUGGACUUCUCCACGCUCACCCAGCUGAAGCGGCACCUCUCCACGCACCAGGGCCCCACACUCUACCAGUGCCUGGAGUGCAGCAAGUCCUUCCACUACCGCAGCCAGCUGCAGAACCACAUGCUGAAGCACCAGAACGUCCGGCCCUUCGUCUGCACCGAGUGCGGGAUGGAGUUCAGCCAGAUCCACCACCUCAAGCAGCACUCCCUCACGCACAAGGGUGUGAAGGAGUUCAAGUGUGAGGUGUGCGGGCGGGAGUUCACCCUCCAGGCCAACAUGAAGCGGCACAUGCUGAUCCACACCAGCGUCCGCCCCUACCAGUGCCACAUCUGCUUCAAGACCUUCGUGCAGAAGCAGACGCUCAAGACCCACAUGAUUGUGCACUCACCAGUGAAGCCAUUCAAAUGCAAGGUCUGCGGGAAGUCCUUCAAUCGCAUGUACAACCUGCUGGGGCACAUGCACCUGCAUGCAGGGAGCAAGCCCUUCAAGUGCCCGUACUGCUCCAGCAAGUUCAACCUGAAGGGCAACCUCAGCCGGCACAUGAAGGUCAAGCACGGCGUGAUGGACAUCAGCCUGGACAGCCAAGAUCCCAUGAUGGACCUGGCCGGGGCUGACCACGCCGAGCUGGACGGGCAGCAGGAGAUGGACGACUUCGAGGAGGAGAACUCUUACGGCUACGGGGGGGUGGGCAACCCUCCGGACGAGCACGCCCUGACCGAGCAGGCCAUGAAGGAGAUGGCGUACUACAACAUGUUGUAGGGCAGGAGGAGGCUGCCGGGGGCUGCGUGGACUUUGUGUGGUAAGAGGAGCUGCGGCACCCGGCCAGACCUGCAUCACCGCCCCUGGAGACAGGGGCUCCGGCUGGGAUUGGUGAGGGAUUAAACAGGGAUGUCUAAAGCCUUUGCCGGUGGCAGCUGGAGGUGGCACAGGCAGUGGCCGCUGCCAUGGUCGCAACAAGCUGAUGCGGCGGGGGCUCAGCCCCGGGCUGCUGCUGCUGCCCAGCCGCGGUGGAGCUCUUGCCAUCGCUGGGGUCCUGCCCUCCCUCCCCAGCACCUGGAGCAGGAAUGCCAAGAGCCCCCGGCGCUGCCCUCCCUUUGCCCUGCUCCUGCCCCACACCGGCCCCACCGCACGGUGCCGAGCCGGGACCAGCCCCAUCCUCGCCCUGGCCUCGCUCCAGCGCCCGGCACAAGCUGAUCGCAGGCAGGGCAAGGCGCAUCCCGGACGAUGCCGUGUUACUGAUUCUACCUCCUGGCGCUGCCCCACUGCUGUGUGGGGCUGCAGCCCCAGCCCUGAGCUCCCCAUGGGGCAGGAGCCCCCUGCCCGCUGCAGGAGGGGUUGCGGGUCUCGCUCCAGGCCAUCGGGCACGUUGCUCACAGUGUAUUUCCCUAGGAGCAGGCUGGCGGAGGCGCAGCGCCGCGGUGCUGCUGUACCAGCCGAGGCGACGCUGCUCCCCCGGAGCAAUGAGGCUAUUUUGAAAGUAAUUUAUUUUUUUCAGACGUGCCGCGUGGUUGGAUUUAUCUUUUCACCAAGUUCAGUUUCCUUCAACCAAUGUGCUUUGUAAACCCGUGUACCGUGUGUGGUCUGUGCGGGGGGGGGGGGCGAGGGCCGGGGACCAGAGCCAGGGCCCACUGCCCAUGGGGCAGCCGAGCAGCGCCAGGGCCCUGCUGAUGAGCCGCAGCCACUCUCAGUGCCCGCUCCGAGCGCCCUGUGCCGUGGCUAGGGAAUGGCAGUGCUUGGGGAGCCCUUGGGAUGGGGAUGCAUCCUCUGCCCUGGGUGUUGUGGGGGGAAGGAGGAGCUGGGGCUGGGAGCACCAUCCUGCCACGGCGUCCUGGUGGGAUGCAGUGGGCCCAGGACCUGGGUCCAGCCGGGGAAGGGUCUGGAACGCCCAAGCUGAUCCCCUGCACACGCUGCCAGCAGCCGUGCAGGUCCAGGUCCCACCACUCCCCAUACAGAGCAGCCUCCACCCGACCCCAAACACCCCAGCCUGGCUCUAGGGGGUGCCACCACCCAGCCCCAGUGCUCCCGGCAGGGCACGGGGCCCCCAGCCUUGCCAUCACCUUGGGAAGGAUGGAGGUGGCCGCAGCAGUGACCAGCUUGGACCCGCUCGCACAGUGUGGCUGUGCCACCCCCAACACUGCCUCAACCCCAUCACGAAAACACUGCCAUGUGUGUACCCCUGCAAGGGAGUGCUGGGUGACUGCAGCACCACAGCACCAGGCUGGGGGGUCUCUUGGUGAUGGCAGAGCUGGCACUGGUGGCUGCAUGUCCCCCUCCACGUUCAGCCCCCCCAUGUUGCAGCAGCCACCACCACGCCAUGGGGUGAGAUGUUUAAUGGCUGCUGGCACUGGGGGGGGUACAUGAGUCAGUGCGGGCCCCCCUGGUCCUACACGUCCCUGCUAGAAAAGCUUUAUAAACAUGCGUAAGAAAACUGCUUA